CGCCGUACGUCACAUGUUCACUGCAACAUGGCCGCUGUCAUAGAGUGCGGGGCUGAUAUAGAUACUACUCCAGAAAACCACAUGUCCCUUAAGAAAACUCUGUCUUCAGCUUCUCCCCUCACUCUGCGAAUUGUUGCUGAGUGCUCAGUAACAAAAGCAAGAGCAUGUGAUCUAGUACUGCCACACUGCACCGUCAGCACCCCGGUUUUCAUGCCUGUGGGCACUCAGGGGACUCUGAAGGGAAUCACUGUGGACCAGCUAGAGGGUCUUGGAUGUCAGAUCUGUCUUGGGAACACAUACCACCUGGGCAUGAGACCGGGACCUGAUCUGAUCGAGAAAGCCAAUGGCUUACAUGGGUUCAUGAACUGGAAGAGAAAUCUUUUAACUGACAGUGGAGGAUUUCAGAUGGUGUCUCUCGUUGAACUCUCCGAGGUCACUGAGGAAGGGGUCAAGUUCAAGUCCCCCUAUGAUGGCAAAGAGAUCCUCCUAAGUCCUGAGAAAUCCAUCAGCAUACAGAACAGCCUGGGGUCAGACAUCAUGAUGCAGCUGGAUGACGUGGUCAGCAGUACUGUGACAGGACCGCGGGUGGAGGAGGCCAUGCACAGAUCUAUUCGCUGGCUGGACCGCUGCAUAGCGGCCAAUAAAAAUCCAGACAAACAGAACCUUUUUGCUAUCAUACAGGGAGGGCUGAAUGCAGACCUGCGCAAGACUUGUCUAGAUGAAAUGACAAAGCGUGAUGUUCCUGGUUUUGCCAUUGGAGGCCUGAGUGGAGGAGAGGAGAAGGAUGACUUCUGGCGGAUGGUCACGCUGAGUACUGACCACCUGCCACGAGAGAAACCUCGAUACCUCAUGGGUGUGGGGUAUGCUGUGGAUUUGGUGGUGUGUGUCGCUCUGGGAUGUGAUAUGUUUGACUGCGUGUUCCCCACCCGCACUGCAAGGUUUGGCUCUGCCUUGGUGCCUUGGGGAUCUCUCCAGGUAAAACACAAGCAAUAUGCCAAGGACCUCCAGCCCAUAGACCCAGACUGCAAGUGUCCCACCUGUAAGAGACAUAGUCGAGCUUAUCUGCAUGCUCUGUUUAAGAGUGACACUGCAGCCAUGCAUCAUAUCACCAUCCAUAACAUUGCCUACCAGCUCACCCUGAUGCGCUCUGUGAGGCAGAGCAUCGUGGAGGGCCAUUUCCCUGAGUUUAUACGGACGUUCAUGAAGCGAAUGUUCCCAUCUCGUGACCAGUAUCCCAGCUGGGCUGUGGACGCUCUGGCCUCGGUCAAUGUUACACUGGAGUAGAAACUCUGGGAGGGAAACCGCUUUUACUCUAAAUGUCAAAUAGCGGCUGAGAGAUUUUAUAUCUUUUUAAAUGACUUUUUUUCCUUAUGGACGAUUGUUUUCUACUCUUUGUUUAUAUUUGUAUUUGCAUCACCUGUUUUGUAGGCGGUGGAGGAAACGGCUUUUGAUCUGAAGGGAUAAAGCCUGAUUGUCUUUUACAACAACCUUCUUUACUCAGCCUCUGCAAAUUGUCCUCAGAGUACACAUUAUGAUAAUGUGAGACUGAAUGGAGUUUAAAUGAGGUUUGAAACACAUGAACUAUCUCCUCUGAUAUGCUCAGACACUUUUUGUUGUUACCAUGGCUACACAGCUAGGCCCACCCACUUGAAAUGAAAUGUUUUGCCUUCCUGUCAAACCCCUUUGUAGAUUUUUUUCCCUCUGGCUGAGCGUGUUACAGUCGUAUUCCAUUUUUCCUAAUUGCGCAAGAUUAAUAAAUGUAUUCUAAUGUUUUAACAUA